UGGUGAAGUUGUAGCGAAUAUAUAAAGGUUGGCGAGACCUCGAACUGUUUAGUCUGUCUUUGCGGCCCCGCUGAACCGGUCGGCCUGACGCCUGACCCCGCCCAACUCUUGAUCAACUAACUGCAAUAACACAGGAAAUAUGCGGGCAAUUUAUUUUAUAAUAGCCGCUGCGGUGCUGGCUAUAUGUAAAGCAGCAUCACCACAACUUCGUUUCGCUUGGAAGCAAGUAGACUACGCCUGGGACACGCCCGCUGAUAAGGAAAAUGCCAUGAAAGCCGGUCAAUUUGUACAAGAACAUAACUUAAUUCUUGGCUUGGCGAGAUGGAAAAACAAGCUGUUCAUCACCGUCCCAAGAUGGAAGAACGGCGUGGCUUCCUCGCUAAACUAUGUGGAUGUAGAUGGGGCUCAGGAGCAAAUUUUGAAGCCGUAUCCUUCAAUGAAAGACAAUUUGGUUCCGGACGACGCGAAGGAGCUCCCUUCUAAUAGCUCUAUUAUCUCCGUGUUCCGGGUGUAUGUCGACCCCUGUGACAGGCUAUGGGUUAUGGAUUCGGGAUUAGCUGAUAUUUUUGGUGCUGGUAACCAAAUUGCGGGGCCGUCUCUAGUGGUGUUCGAUCUGAACACCGAUCAGCUUCUUCAUCGGUAUUUCUUCAAAGUCUCCGAUAUGAAGGAGGACUCGUUCUUUGCCAAUGUCGUAGUCGAUGUGGACAAAGACACAUGUGACAACGCUUUCGCAUACAUCCCGGACCUGGGCGCGUACGGAGUUGUGGUCUACAGUCUAAAGCAGAAUGACUCCUGGCGUAUCUCGCACCACUACUUCCACUUCGAGCCUCUGGCUGGCCAGUACAAGGUUGGCGGCAUCGAGUUCCAGUGGACUGAUGGAGUUUUCGCGCUGGCGUUGUCUGAGCCAAGGGAACAAGGGUAUCGAACGAUGUUUUUCCACGCGUUCUCGAGCACGAAGGAGUUCUGCGUGUCAACCGAGCUGCUGCGUAACUACACACACAUCGAUAAGCACGAGGCAUUCCACGAUUUCAAGUUGCUUGGUGACCGCGGAGAACGCACUCAGUCCUCAGCCAGCUUCUACGAUCCCAAGACUAGUGUUCUCUUCUACACACAGGUGAACAGAGACGGCGUCGGAUGCUGGAAUGUGAACAAGCCCUACACGCCGGAGACCAACCCUCUCCUCUUCAGCGACCCUAUCCUCUACGAGUUCCCCAACGACUUGAAGGUGGACGAUGAAGGCACCCUCUGGUUGCUGACUGACAAGCUGCCACGGUUCCUGUACAAGUCGCUGGACCCCAACGAAGUCAAUUUCAGGAUAUUCAGCAUCAACACCACUGAGGCCAUCGCUGGCACCGCCUGCCAAUAAACGCAUUUUGUCAGUUGUAAAAAUGUACUGUAAACUGGAUAAUGCCCAAAAUAGAUUGUUCUUUACCUUUGUUGUUCCUUUGUUUCUUUGUUUGGUAUGUUCUAAAACGACAAUUUUCAAAAAUGGCUCAUAAAGACUUAGAACAUACCAAACAAAGAAACAAAGGUACAACACCUUUGUUUCUUUGUUUGGUAUGUUCUAAAACGACAAUGUUCAAAAAUGGCUCAUAAAGACUUAACAUAAGCUAUUACAUGUGGUUGUUGAAUAUAUGAACCAUUCCUGCAAAGGGUUAAUGCCAUUACACUCUGCUCUCGAGCAAAGAGAACAUAAACCAAUACGUGCCAAUACGUUCUACUUCUGUCUUACCAAUAUUUUGUCCUACAUUGAAGUGUUUCCCACAUCUCCUUUAGAACAAGAUAUUUUACUUGUGCAAAUGUUAUAAGAUAUUAAGAUAGUUUAGAUCUCGAUACCAUCUAAAUUAAAAUGGAAUUAAAUUAAUGAUUCUGUCCUUUUGUUAUUACUUACUUGUAUGUAAAAUGUACAGUAUUCUGCACAUUUAUCAGUAUUCAGGUAAACGAGGCUGACGGAGCCCCAAAAACGAUCUAACUAGACUAAGUUUUUGGGGGAAAUUUGUGUGGUUCAAAUAUUAACAUUGUAUUAAGACGAAGUGAAAAAGUAUAGGAACAUAUUUUUUACGUCUACUUUACAUGUUUACUUAAUUAUAUGAAUGAGUACUUAUACUGAUGUGAAUUUGCACAUUUAUUAAUUUGUUUUUUGACUAUUGUGUAACACAUUUACCGCCACUUGCACCAUCCCACUAACCCGGGGUUAACCGGUUAAACCUGUAGUAACCAUAUGGUAAAAUUUGACACUGGGCUAAAGGUUUAACCGCUUAACCCCGGUUUAGUGGGAUGGUGCAAGUGGCGCUAACUUAGAACGUGAUGUUUUAUUUCUUUAAACUUAGCCUGUGAAAUAAUAAUUAUUAUUUGAUAACAGUACAAAACUCAUCGUAGGAUUAAUAAAAUUUAAUUAAGUAGCAUAGUAUAAAUAAAGUCAAGUUAUGAUAA